AUGACAGAGAAAAUCUCAGGGGAAAAGAGGUGCCCCUGCGCCCCAGGGUGCCCUCUGAGCCGCUGGGUAGCCCCUGCACCCUCAAAGCCCCUGCGCCUCCGAGUACCCCCUGCACCCUCUGAGACGCAGGACCCACCGCCAGUUGGCGGGCACCGGGCAGACGUCAUUGCUGGGCAGCGGCUGACUUUGUUUCCCUCUCAGUUCCCUUGGGGACAAAGGAGCAGGUGGGCCUCAGUCAAGGCCAGCACCCUCCCUGCCCAGCCUCCACCCGGCUGCAGACACACCCUCCGAGCAGGGCGCCGCCGGCAGGGGCUGGGCCAGCCUCCUAAGGUGCUCAUCUUUGGGGAUGCCCCAGGAGCCAGAGCUGUGGCUGGAGGCCCAGGCCCAGCCGCAGGUUUGGCUGGACAGAACAGAUGGGCACAGAGAGGAGACCACGUGAGGACAGAGGGAGAAGACACCGUCUGCAAGCCAAGGAAAGAGGCCUCGGGAAGAACCAGCCCUGCUGACACCUUGACCUUGGACUUCCAGCCUCCAGGUCUGUUGUCUGAGCUGCCCAGUCUGUGGGGCUGUGUUCUGGCCCUACAGCUCUGGGCCCAGCUCUCCCUUCACCCUCUCACUGGGCCCUUCGAGGCCUCGUCUGGUCUCCAAAGCCCUCCCAGGGCAGGUGUCUGCUCCUCCCACCCAUCCUGCUCAGGCCUGGUUUCUGCAUGGCUGCUUCUGAACCCCACCCCCCACCCUGCAAAGACCUCAGCUUCUGAGCAGGCCACCAUCAGACUAACCUAACCCUAACCCUAACCCUCUUGCUUUGGCACUUCCGUGUCCCUCCUGAGACUUCACCCCCAGCUCAUAACUCAUAACUGCUUUCGAGUAGUCCUUAAGCAAAGCCCCAUCCCAACAAAUGACAGUAUCAUCACUACACCGCUGCGAGUGUGUACACGGCCCCGACCUGGCUGCGCCAGCGCCCGCUUUUGUGCAGCGGAGUCAGCAGCGCCUAAGGACCCGCAGCCUUGGCCCGAGAAAGCGCGGCCGGCGCAGGGCAGACAGUGUAGGCCCCUCCCACCUUCGCCCCGCC